AUGUCUGACGACGGGCUCUCAAUAUACGAUGAGAUCGAAAUCGAAGAUAUGACCUUCGACGAGGUUCUUCAAACAUACUUCUAUCCGUGUCCCUGCGGCGAUCGUUUCCAGAUCGCUCUCGAUGACCUGCGCGACGAGCAGGAUAUUGCUGUGUGCCCCAGCUGUAGCUUGAUGAUUAGAGUUAUUUUCGACCUUGUGGGAUAUUCCAAGGCCUUUCUGAAGAAGAGCGCCUCGCUAACGUAG